CUUCCGGUGGGAGGUGCGCCCGGGGACCCGUAGUUGCGGCGGACGCUUCCGGCGGCAGGGAGGAUGGCGGCGGAGAACCACUGCGAUUUCCCGGUGCCGCCGAUCGGCGGCCUCAGCCUGGGAGGCCCGGGCGCGCCCUGCCGCCGCUGCAGCUCUGCGCCACCCGCCGGCGCUGUCCCCGGCAAGUGGGUGCGGCUGAACGUGGGGGGCACUUGCUUCCUGACCACUCGGCAGACGCUCUGCAGGGACCCCAAGUCCUUCCUCUUCCGCCUCUGCCAGGCGGACCCCGACCUGGACUCGGACAAGGAUGAAACAGGUGCCUAUUUAAUAGACAGAGAUCCGACCUACUUUGGGCCAGUGCUGAACUAUCUCAGACAUGGGAAACUGGUUAUUAACAAGGACCUAGCUGAGGAAGGUGUACUGGAAGAGGCUGAAUUCUACAACAUCACAUCACUAAUAAAGCUGGUAAAGGACAAAAUAAGAGAAAGAGACAGCAAAAUCUCACAGGUGCCAGUCAAACACGUGUACAGGGUGCUGCAGUGCCAGGAAGAGGAACUCACUCAAAUGGUCUCCACAAUGUCUGAUGGCUGGAAAUUUGAACAGCUGGUUAGUAUUGGUUCUUCCUAUAACUAUGGCAAUGAAGAUCAGGCUGAAUUUCUGUGUGUUGUCUCAAAAGAAUUGCAUAACACUCCCUAUGGCACAACCAGUGAACCCAGUGAAAAAGCAAAGAUUUUGCAAGAAAGAGGUUCCAGAAUGUGAAGAUAGUAUUGAAUGCUGAAGAUUUUUUCUCUUUUAUUCCAAGAUGCAGUGAAUUGUCACAUUGAAGAGGCUUGGCUGCAAAAGAAAAAAAUCUGAUUUAGACAAUUUUCUGUUGAUCUGGGUUCAACCGUUUGCCUAAAAGCUGGUGUAAACUGGCUGGAAGCAUUGCAAGAUUACUUAAUGGGAAUAGAUGAUGUGAGAGUGUGUGUUAAGUUUUGGUUGUAGUGCAUGGUUGUACUCUUUUAUGGGCUGACUGACAUUGGUCAUUUGAAAAGUGACCAUGCACUCAUAUUUUCCUCUGAGACAUGUAGCACUUACGCCUGGUGCUGGAUGACCCAGUGUUGAUCAGUUUGAAGAGUUUUUCUUACUAAUCAUUGUAAAUGUUUAAAGGACAAUGUAACUGGUGCUACACACACGCAUGUGCGUGCGCGCGCACACACACACACACACACACACACACAUUACAGCCCACAAAUGCAAAUUUUGGGGCCUACAUUGUUUUGGAAUCAGUGGCAGCCCCAGGUGACUCUCUUAUACUGCACAUUCCUUAUUGCUCUGUGACAUAUUUUCUCAUGUAAGAACAGCCUAGGAGAUCAACUGAAACUAGCACAUAAAAAGUUACACCAGACAAAUGUUUUUUUCUCAAGGAAGGGUGUAUAUAUUGACUGGGUUUAUGGCAUGUUUUAAUACCCAAAAGGAAGACUAAACUUGGAGAAAAUGUCCUUCAUCUGAGUCAUUCUUGAUGUUCCUUCUGUCAAAAGUGUCCUGCAAAAGUUAUGCUCCAGUCUUAGCCAGAUGUUUGGAAGGGGAAUCAAAAUUCACUUAAAAUGAACAACUGAACAUUUUGUUUCUUUUAAAAUGUUUGUAGUCAAAUGUGUGCUUAUACUUUUAAAAAUGCUUACAAGUGUUGAUCUCUGUGGAUUUUGGUAGAGAUUUUCAAGAGGGCUGGAUGUUGUACAGAAAUAUUACUGGCUAUUCCUAGAUUUUUAUCUCUAUGCUUGGGAUUAAGAUCAACCUUGAGUGUGAACACAAUACCAUCCAAUUAAAAAUCUUAAUUGCUUUGGAUAUUCAGGAUACUUGCAAUCAGUCUAUCUUUCUAUUUAGUUUCAACUAUGCAGUUAAAGAACAUUGAAAACAUCUGGUGCAGCUUUACUAGGUUAUGUCCUUGAUGAAGCUAAUACUCAAGACUGGAGCUUUUUAAAACACUAUGUUUUAAGCAAAAUCUUCAGCACGUCUUUGAAACAUUUAAUGAAAUUGGUAGUAUAAAAUUCUGCUUCAUUGGCAUAUGUAGCUGAAAGUGGCAGAAAAGAGUUUCAAAAAGUUACAAGAUUGUUCAGAAUUCUAUAAAACAUUAAAAUUUUCAUUCUCAAUAAUUUCAGAAUUUAUGCAUAUACUCUAGGUAAUCCUUUACACAAAAACCUGAUUGUCAAGCACCUAGGGUCUGCCUGUUAUUUUUUAACUUACUGUACAUUGAUAAAAGUUGGGCCGAAAUAAUUUGUAAAACAAUUUCUAUAAAGCAGGUUAAGCAAUGGGUUAAAUGUUUUGUCGAUGCAUCUAAUGCUGGAAAACAUUAAUGCGUUUUGCCACUUGGAUGUGGUCUGCACAGGAAGCUGCUGGCCCCUCCACAACACAUAAAAUGUUUGUCUUUUUUUAAGAUGUUAAAACUGAAGUGAAUUUACUAAAAUGUAGUUAAGUAAGGGGAAAUGUUUAUACUUUUAUACUUUUUUAGGCACCCGUAUUUUAGCAGCUUAAAUUUAGCACCCAAAUUUCCCCUAAAUAGUAACAGUAACAGAUAAUCUUGUGUAUUUGCAAAUAAGCAUUAACAGUUGUCUAUGUUAACUGCAUAUUAAAACAUUUCCUGUGCUGCAGUAGUCACCCUGUUUUUAAGCAGUAUGACUCCUUUAUAUUCUCUGGGCUCUCUAGCUCAUGGAAGUGCAGCCAACUGGUUUUCUUGUUCUUUUCUUGUUGUGCUCUAUAGAGUAAUUCAGCAUUGGCCUAAGUGAAUUUUAUGCCUAAAAUAACUAUGUAUAAUAAUCCUUCUGAAUCUGCAUUUGUGUUUUCUGUCUUAUUUAACACAAAAAGACAGAACAUUUUAUUUCAUCAACUAAAAGAAUGAGAGCAGCAAAGCAUGAGUAACAAACUGAGCAAACUGAACAAAUUUAGAAUAUGUAAAAAGAUAUUUCGGCUUUUUUUUUUCUUUUUUUUAGUAUGGCUUUUUCACUGGAAUAUCUUCAUUUUAACAAUGUGCUUUUAUGGUGAGAUUACCUGGAAUCUCGUUUACGUUGUAUCCCCGUUGUAGCAAAUUUGGGGGAAGUAAGGGGUUAAUCAUUUUGCACUUUGUUUCUAAUACCUCACAAAGAUCUUAAGCAAAAAAAGAAAACUUUAAUAGGCAGGUUCCUUGUAAAUGAUUUUAUAUGCUAUUGUAUGAGACCAUCUGAACUAACUACUCUCCUGUUCUUGCUAUUUUCAGUUAAACUUUUUUUUUUGAACGUCUGAGACUUUCAGAUAGCUGAAAGUGCUAUCACAUGCCUUUUUCAAGGCAUUAGAUAUUGAUCCCUAGAGAAAUUUGGUUUCUUUUUAUUUGAAUCUUGUAAUUUCUAAUAAAAUUAACUACAGUAACAAGGUAGUUGUAUUAGAGUUCAAUCUACAUUACCAAGUUUUGUGAACAUUGCUUUUAGUUCGUCAGUAUCUUGCAGGAUGAGGAAAUUUACCAAUAUAAUUUAAACUGGAGUCCUUCGUCUAUUUCUUUUCUAUCAUUUGGGGAAGUGUUUACCACAGGAGAACCGCAUCUAACUAUGUAAAGUUGAUAUGUUCACUAAGAGUAUACUUGAAGAGCUACACUGCAAAAGUCUUUGAUGUGAAAUGUGUUCACCUGGAUUUAUACAGCUUUUCUAUCCUUAAGUCAAAACAGUAUUCCUAAAAUUUAAGAUCCUGAGCACGAAGAAAUCAUAGGAGGAGGAAAUAAAGCAGAAAGGUGGGAUACCACAACAUACAUUUAAUAGAAAUGACCUCCCGUGAAAAUUUAAAUCUGUGGAAGGUUUAACUUUCUACUGUUUUGAUAUUUAAUAAAUAUUCUUCUGUCUAUGUUUGCUGAACUUAUUUGGCAUGUCGUCUAUAGAACAGGAGGCUAAUUUAGUAGAUGAUUAAUGGAUUUUCAGUGAAAAUCUUUAAGGACUUUUUACGUGACAACAUUUUGUAAACUUGUUUAAAAAGUGUAAAGUUCAAAUUUACCAUAGCAAUUUCUUGCUUUAAGUUAGGAAACAGGUAGUCUUGUUGGCUUAAUUUAGGUCAGAGGAUAAUGUUCGGUAUUGGGGAUGAUUGAUUUGUAAAUCAAAUGCUUUUGGCUUUCUUGAAGCAGCAAUUAAAUUGGAGUUUAUCUGUUGUUCCAACAAACAAAUCAUUCCGAGUCCUCUGAGACAUGAAUGUCACCUAGUCCAACUGUCCAAAAGUACAGGCUAACUCAGCAGCUCCCCACAGUAAAUGUGAAAUAGCACUUUAAGUGAGAGAUGUAUGGUUAUGUGGAAUUUUCUCCCAUUUACUCUUAGGUUAUCAUGGAUUAUGCCUGAUGGUAAUUUGUUAUCCCAUAGUAACUGAAUUGUGCGUCAAAGCAUGAAGCAUGAACUGAUUCUCUGCUGAACUUUUCAGUCCUCAGUAUCAUAUGCUCAGUUUAUUAGGAAAAAGUACUGUGUUUCUUCAGAUUCAGCCAGGCUUGUGGUAGUGAUAGAAGUUCCUUUCAUCUUAGCAUUAAUAUAAAAUAUUCCUGAACAAACUGAGCUGAAGAUAUUUGUGCAGCUUUUUUGUCUUCAGAUGUUGUUGAGAUAGUUGCUGUGUAGCUCCAUGUCCAGCAAUGUGCGUGCACAUUUAUGGUCAAUUGGAAAUGAGUAUAUUUCCUGAAAAUAUCAAAACUGAAUCCAGCUCAUUUUCCCAUUAGAGAGAUUAUUUUUGUAAGAAAAUGAAAACUUCCAUCAGCUAAAAAACAAACAGAUAAGACACAAACAAAAAAAAAACCCUAUGAUUACAGGCACGAUCAGAUAACAGGUUUGUUGAGCAGGAUGACGGUGUUUCCACAAAACCGCUUCUCAGAAUAGAACACGGCAUUCUAUGAACCUGUCUGUUGAAGCUGUUGAGAGCUGUCAGUCUCUUCUUGAGCAGUGAAGCAUUGUAGAGAGCUACCACCAGAAAAUUAAGACAUAUAUUAAUUAAAAAUCAUUUUUUUAAUUUGUGUUAACAAAUAAAUUAGCUUGGAAUGCAAAAAUAUAGUAGCAUCUGAAUGAAUGAAAUUAUCAAGAAACUAUUAUGGUGUGUAUUGUCCACUCAUUCAGUUAUACUGGAACAUACUUCUUGAGAAGUACUAACAGAACAGUGAAGUAUUGGGUUCUCCAUGGAGACCAAAGUCAAGUGAAAAAGUCUAGAGCUGAAGCUUGGGAUUUUGGUCACUUGAGGUAUGAUAAAUUUGGGAAGUGACAUUCUCCAAUUUUAUGCUCUGGCUCCCCUCAUCAAAAAUCUCUCCCAGGUUUUUCAAAUUAGUUUUUUCAGUCAGCCCUCAAAGGUGAUGUCUUUGAAAAAGAAAGGAGGUUUUGGUUUUGUUCUCCAUCCUUUUAACAAUACCUCUUAGCUCAGGAUAGUUGGACUAAGACUUCUGGUGGUCGCUGGUGAAGUAUAUUUUCUAGCACAGCAGUUUUGAAAUACAAGGUCCGAGGAUGCUCCUUGUUUGUUUCAUUAUAGUUUGGAGUGUAGUUAUUUCCUCCUUUAAGGACAAUUUCAGGAUCUUACUUGGGUUUGUUUCUAGAACUAUGAAUUCUUAAAAUAUGAUAAAUAUUCAAUUUAAAUACGUGGAAGGUUCUCUGAACUCACUGUAACAUAGCUUUUCUCUCUUUUGGCUUGCAGCAAUGGGAGUUGUUUUUAAAGGCUUUUUACUAAACUGAGGCUUUAAAGGGCUAAAUAGGUCUCACGAUUAUUGUUCAGUUUGCCUAGGUGACUCUUGCAGAAAGAACUGUCAAUUUGCGGUGCAAAAUUGCUAAGGGCUAUAAUGCUUUCCAGGGCUAAUCUGAAGUUCUGGAGACAUAAAUAAGUUUUAAGAAGGAGCCACUCCAUUUUUCCUGUAACUCACAGACUCUAAAAAUCCCUUUUCAAAAUAGCUAGAUAGUGGAAGAGACUACUUGCCCAGCCCUUUAUUAUUGGCUGUGCUGAAAUCUAAUGGCUUCUGUGAACAGAACUGGCAAGAGAAAGACUGAGAAAUAUUCUGUUCCAGGAAAUAAUCACUGAAUAUUCCUUUGCAAUUUAGCUUUCCCUUCCUUUAGCAAGGUCUAUCAAGGCAUUCUACCAAAAAGGUUCUCUUUAGGGUUUUCAAUGUUAAUGGCCACCAUAAUGAGAAAAAAAAAUUAGAAAGUUAUUUUGCUACUUUGGAGGGUUGGAGGUUCUGUAACGUCUUUCUCUUUGCCUUAGAGCCCUGUGCCAACAUUCUGAUUAACACCUGGUAAGAUUGCCUGUUUGUCUGAUGAAGUAUAUGAGUUGAUGGAUCUUUAUACUUAGUUAUUGCUCCUUUCAAGAUUUUCCAAAACCUUCUGUGCAGCUUUACUCAAACUUAACUUAGCCUGUGUGCUUGCUAAGAGGAAGCAAGUGUCAAGGUAUUGUAAACCAUGUGUUGCCCACCUCUACUUGGAAUUGAACCAAGAUCACCAAACCAAGCAAGUAUCAGAUGGCAACUAUUUCCAGCUGCCGCUGUUCUGGGCGUGACCUGAGCCUAUGUAUGAAAAAAUACAUAGAUAUUCUUAUGUGCUGCAUAGGCCUGCCUACUCAAUUCAGCAGGUGAUUGGUUUUUGUUCUAUUUAUUUUUUUUUAAUCACUGGUCUCACAGUUGUGCACUAGGUCUUUAUGCUAAUGUCCAAGUCACCGUACUUGCAAAAUGUUAUUUCUUGGAUAGUGGAUUAGCAAUAACAUUUUCUUUUGUGCCAAUUCAUUAUCUCUGAAGUGUUCUUACUGCAGCAAAGUUUGAAUUUUGAUUUGGUUUUAAUGCUUUUGCAUUAGCUAAAAUUACUAGCACAAACAUGGACAACAAAUUGAAUACAGGGGAUUUGCCUGGAUAAAAACCUGCUACAGCUUCCCAAGUCAUUUGACGAUGGUUACAAUUAGCCAUCAUUUUUAGAAAAAGCAUACAAUUAAAAUGUGCGUGGGUAUUUUUUUAACCUCCUUUUCAUAACACUAGUGUAUUGUAAACUGCAUGAAAUAAAAAUGUUUUCUCCCUUUUAAAA